CCGCGGAAGGAGCUCUUUAAAAGCGGAAUAUGGCUGAAGCUGUGUUAUUGUCUGAGUCUCAUCCCGACAGUCUUUUUCCUGGUCCCAGUUAGUUUGUCGCAGUCCAGUUUGUAGUUAGUGUUUUGUUUAAACUGGGAACCAUUACAGAAGGUGACAGUAUCGCCAGACCAUGGUUAGACCAGUAGAAGGACAGGGACGUUGUCUCUGUGUACAAUGGGUGAACAUGUAAACCAUUGGUCUGAAGCAGAGCUGUGGUGAAGAGGACAAAUGGACCGGUUGGACUAACAUCUCCGGAUCAAAUGGUGUUUUGGAUCCUUUUUGGCUAAUGUGGACUAGCUCGUUGUUUAGCUAGUCUGAUAGGUUUACACCGCCUGUGUGUUCAGAUUGAGGGACCGUUGGACGCGCUAGCUGAUUGUGGAUGCUAUUAUUAUUGUCGUCUCUGCGUCCAGAGGACAACAGCUAUGACGGUAGGGACUCGGUUAUGUCCCUGUCAGGCUAACACAGAGCUCCAUGUCUGUUACCGCUCCAGUCCUAGCAUAGCCAUGUCCACCCGGCAUGCCAUCAUGUAGACAUUUCAGAUGUCCGGGGACAAAGUGUGUUAGUCUCCUUGUUGGAUCGAACUGGGUCAAAGACAGGGGACACUGACGCGGUUUGGCUUGAGGAUUGAUGCUAGCUGUGCUCAAAUCCGUCUAAUCUGUGACUCUGCAAGCAUCCCGAGUUGCUCGGAGGGCACUGAACGCACCAUGCCUCGUCUCUUAUUUAAAUGCCAUAAGGCCUGAAAUCAUCCCACAGAGCGGGGGGCACCAUCCGCUGUGGGCGGGUAUUAUCCCCGCUUUUCCUCUGAAGAAGGAGGCAUCACCAAGGCUACCGAGUCGUCCUCAACUGGACCCUACUCCCCCCAGAGAUGGAAACAGUCGGGGACUUCGAGUACAGCAGGAAGGACCUGGUUGGACAUGGAGCUUUUGCUGUGGUCUUCAAAGGGCGGCACAGGAAGAAAACUGACUGGGAGGUGGCCAUCAAGAGCAUCAAUAAGAAGAACUUGUCCAAGUCCCAGAUCCUCCUUGGCAAGGAGAUUAAAAUCCUGAAGGAACUGCAGCAUGAAAACAUUGUGGCUCUCUAUGAUGUUCAGGAAACUCCCAGCUCUGUAUUUCUGGUCAUGGAGUACUGCAAUGGAGGGGAUUUGGCUGACUAUCUGCAAGCUAAGGGGACACUCGGAGAGGACACACUGAGGGUUUUCCUCCAACAGAUUGCUGCUGCCAUGAGAAUCCUCCACAGCAAAGGCGUCAUCCACCGGGACCUGAAACCACAGAACAUUCUCUUGUCCUACGCGGGACGCAAGAAGUCCAACAUAAGUGGCAUCCGCAUCAAAAUAGCUGACUUUGGCUUCGCUCGAUAUCUCCAGAGCAACAUGAUGGCUGCCACGCUGUGUGGCUCACCCAUGUACAUGGCCCCAGAGGUCAUCAUGUCCCAGAACUACGACGCCAAAGCUGACCUGUGGAGCAUUGGGACCGUCAUCUAUCAGUGUCUGGUUGGGAAGCCCCCGUUCCAGGCCAAUAGCCCCCAAGAUUUAAGGCUGUUUUAUGAGAAGAACAAAAACCUGCUGCCUGUAAUCCCGAGGGAGACGUCCCCACAUCUCGGUGAGCUUUUGCUGGGUCUACUGCAGAGGAACCAGAAGGACAGGAUGGACUUUGACACAUUCUUCAACCAUCCGUUCCUCGAGGCAUCAUCCACUGUGAAAAAAUCAUGCCCAGUGCCAGUCCCCAGCGCCUCCAACGCUGUGACGGAAAGUUCCUGUGGCAGCUCCCCGUGCAUCCGCUACAGUUCUCCUCCUUCUCUCCCGGACAUGCAGACUCUAGCUGAGGAUGGUCUGUCUUCCCCUCCGCUCGGCCCACCCAACUACCUGCAGCUGUCCAAAGAGUCUGCAGGAAGCACCAGCAGCAAGAACUCCUCCAGUGACACAGAUGAUUUUGUUCUGGUGCCUCACAUCUCAGCUGACAGCUAUGAGCAGCCUGCGGGAGCCGGCCGUCGACCAUCCACCGAGUUCCUGAUGUGUGGGAGGCAGCCACUGACGUCCCAAGGACAGACUUCCAUGGUGUCCCCACGGGCAGAAACCACCCCCAUCCCUGUCCCAACUCAGGUCCGAAACUACCAGCGCAUCAAGCAGAACCUCUCCAGCAGCCCAAGCAACACUCUCUACAGCUCCCCCAGGUCUGGAACGGUGAGGCGUUCCAACACCAGUCCCAUGGGCUUUCCAAAGGCCAGCUCUGGGUCUCCCAGCUCCGCAGAUGCCCCUCAGACGGUGGGCCGGCGCCUCUCUACAGGCAGCUCUCGGCCCUACUCGCCCUCCCCUCUGGUGGGAACCAUUCCUGAGCAGCUCGGUCACUGCUGCUGCCAUCAUCAGAACCAGGAGCCCCGCAGCCGCAGCUCCUCAGGAGGCUCCCCUGUCCCAUCCUCUCACCUCCUGGGGGCCCGUCUUCAGAGUGCCCCCACCUUGACAGAGGUCUACCAGACCAGGCAGAAGCUCCACAAGCAGCUCUCAGACCCCAUUCAGCCCUCCUCCCCCUGCAGUCACUCACCCCAGUUCGGCCGUCCAGCCACCCUCGGCUCCUCCCCCACCAAGCUGUUAGGCUCCUCCCCCCGCACAUCUGACUGGCUCCAAAAGUCCCCGCUGCCCACCAUCAUUGGUUCUCCUACUAAGGCGAUUUCAGCACCGUUCAAGAUCCCCAAAACCCAGGCGUCCUGUAACCUGAUGGCUCUGGCUGACGGUCCGCUUCCUAACAAGACACAGGUGGAUGCUCGAGACAUCUGCAGUCACCGCUGCAGCCCCUAUUUCACUGGACGGGCCUCAGCCCCGGAGGCCAGCAGGACCUUUGGCAGGUCUGUUAGUACGGGCCGUCUGUCUGACCAGCCCGUCCGGAUCACUCUGGGUGGACAGGCCUACCAGGGCAGCACAGAUAGCUUGAACACUGAGAGACCCAUGGACACAGCUCCCAGCAUGGCUCCAGGUGGGUCAGCAAGCCCCCGUACCGUCGUCUUCACGGUGGGUUCACCACCCAGCAGCUGCACCCCCCCUACCUGCAGCCACCUGGGUGCUCGGCCACGCACCACCUCAGUGGGCUCCAAUAGUUCGGCCGGCUCCUUGUGCUCCACCAGCGGUCGGGUCUAUGCUGGGUCUCCCACCGGCAUGGCCAUAGGCUCAUCUCCUCCAGGGAGUUUAGGGAGUGGACAUGGUGUUCCUGGGACAGACGGAGCUCCCAGCAGCCUGCGCUACAUCCCCUAUGGGACCUCCCCACCAAGCCUGGAGGGAUUCAUCACCUUCGAAGCUCCGGAGCUUCCCGAGGAGACUCUGAUGGAGCGUGAACACACGGACACUUUGAUGCACCUCAGAAUGAUGCUCUCUUUCACCGACUGCAUCCUGGAGAUGGCAGCCUUCAGGGCUGGGGGGGCUGAGCUGGGCAUGUCAGCUGCCUCCAUCUACCCCCCCCAGGACAGCGUGGUUGUUGACCAGAUCAGCCAGCUCAGCAAGGAGUGGGGGCAGGUGGAGCAGUUGGUGCUCUACAUGAAAGCAGCUCAGCUCUUGGCUUCCUCGCUCCAUCUGAGCAAAGCUCAGAUCAAAUCAGCCAAACUCAACCCCUCCACUGCUGUCAAACAGGUGGUGAAGAGUUUGAACGAGCGCUACAAAAGCUGCAUCUCCCUCUGCCGGCAGCUGACCGACAAACUCAACCACUUCUUCUCUGACAAGCAGCGCUUCGUGGACGAGAUCAACAGCGUCACAGCCGAGAAGCUCAUCUACAACCACGCUGUGGAGAUGGUUCAGUCAGCGGCACUAGAUGAGAUGUUCAAACAAACCGAGGACAUCGCUUACCGCUACAGCAAGGCUGCCAUGCUGCUGGACGGCCUGUCCAAGGUCCUACAGGACCCUGCUGAUGUGGAAAACGUGGUUAAAUACAAGGCCAGCGUGGAGCGCAGGAUCUCAGCGUUGUGUUACUGCACAGUCACGCUGUACGAGUAGAAGGAUGCACCUGAACGCCACAGAGGGACCAGGUCCUACAGAGGCUUCAGAUUCCCGUUCCCUCCUGUAGCAGCUCGAGCACUUUUCAUUAGUCCAGUUUGGUCUGGCAUCAGUGUGCCAUACUGACUGUGUCACAGACGGAGUGGAUUUGAGGCACAUUACAACCAAAGAUUGAGGAAGACGGUUUAAAACCGGAAGUGGACAUAAAAGCAUUCUUGAAAAGGUGCUUUUUUCUGCUCUGGUGGUUUUUCCCCAUCAGAUCAGAACAAACAUUCAGAUUCUCACGUUUUAACCAGGAAAAGGAUUCACAGAACCAUGAGACGGUGCUGUGCACCCUAAAAGACUGUAUCUGUGGUUAUUGACUGUUGUUUCAUUCAUUGUUUUGCUUAUUUAUUGUUUUAAACGAACAUGGACUUUACUGCAGCCACAAAACCCUUGAGUAUUAAAGUUAAAGGAAAAAGGACAGAACCGCUUGCCGUAACAGAGACUUUACCAAACAACACAAGCUCCCGUUACAGAGAAAAGGAUUCUGUGUGUUACGGUUCAGCUUCUCUUUUAUUUGUCUUGUCUUAAGCUCAAGCACUUUAUUGUGAAACCGAAGGAGCUGAUUUAAGUGAAGUCUCUUCUGACCCUGAUGAACAAACCUGCUUUUCACUCGCGAUCAACAAGUCCACACAAGUGCUUACAUUCCCCUCCAGAGACUCCAGAGGUGUCCAACCUCAACAGAUGCUCAUCCAGAUGUUUUGGCCUUCUGCCAACAUCUCAGAAGCUGUGACAGGUUCAGCCAUCAGCUCUGACCUGUUGGUCCUGCUGGACGAGGCUGAGUGAUCUCACUAAGAAGGACGACGUCCGUGAGCAGCCAGGUCCUCCUGUCUCCACUGUGCUGAUGAACAGCCAAUCGGGGUUCACUGUAAACCUUGAUGAAGUCGAACUGAUCCGACACAUUCGUUGACGUGUUACCUUUUACUCAACAAACUGAAACAAAAGCAGCUUUUGAGAAUCUGUAGCCGAUUUUACCAACUUGCAAACAUGUAAAUAACUGAAGUGUGUGUGUGUGUGGGUGUGGGAGUUGGUGUGGGUGUGUAGUGCUGAUGCUGACAUCACGUGCCCCGCCCAUCAAAGAGCACAAAUCUUUCUAUGUAGAUUUUGACUUUAUAUGAUUUGGUUCAUGUCAGCCAAUGCAUUUUGUUUUGUGAUAUUUUUUUAAAGGAAAACUAGUUUUUGGCCCCUGAGUGCCAAACGUUAGAACAAACCUCACGGCAGCUCCGAUCUUUCUACUAGAACUGUUUGAUGUUGAGUUCACCCCCCGUCUCACCUGGAUUCGGUACUGCUGCCUGGCCCUGAAGUCCAAUCCCAACACUGUACUGUAUGUGAGGGUCUGUAGCCUUAGCUAGCGAUGAUGCAGGAGGUGCCUGGGCUCCUCCUCUACAGGUGUGAAUAUUUUCUCUGUAGACGCAUUCAGACGGGUUCUCUGGGCCCAUUCCUACCAUGUACUGUUGGUCUUUUCUAAACAUAUCUGGGUUUGAGCUCUGAACAAUGUGAAGCCUCCUGUUGUACCUGGAGCCACCAGGGAACCCACCUGAGACUCUAAUCAUGGACAUGAAGCAUGGGUACCAAGUCUGCGUUUCACACUGUACAACCUGUCAGAUGUUGAAUGUAUGCACCCUGUCGUUUUGCACCUCUAGCUUGAACUGAAUGCAUCUUGACUUGCUGUCGGUCACAACCUUAAAGACACUUUUUCCAAGCUUCAGCUUCUCAAAGUGAAAUGUUAGUCAUACUCGUCUGUUGCCCGAGGUGUCUCCACCUGUUCUUCAUCAAGCUGAAAUACAGUAUUUGUUAUUAAAAAGGAGAAUUAAUGAUGCCUGAA